AUGGCUACUUCCUUUAUGCAGAGCACCUCUUCUAACUAUGGUGGUGGUCUAGGGGGUGGGGGCGGUGGCUCCUCUCGUGUUUCUUCAGUCCGAAUGGGAGGAUCCUACAGAGCCCCAAGUAUCCAUGGAGGAUCUGGUGGCAGAGGUGUUUCUGUCUCUUCCACUAAGUACGUCUCUUCUGGAAGUGGAUAUGGUGGUGGCUUGGGGAGUAGCUAUGGGGCUGGAUAUGGUUCUGGCUUGGGUGGGGGCUAUGGAGGAAGUAGUGGCUUUUAUUCUGGCUUUGGAGGAGAUGCUGGUGCUUGCUUUGGAGGAGGUGCUGGUGGCGGCUUUGGAGGAGGUGCUGGUGGUGGCUUUGGUGGUGUUUAUGACUUUGGUGGUGGCUUGGGUGGUGGUGAUGGAGGCCUCCUAUCUGGAAACGAAAAGAUAACUAUGCAGAACCUGAACGAUCGUCUGGCAUCCUAUCUGGACAAGGUGCGAGCUCUGGAGCAAGCAAAUUCUGAUCUAGAGAUCAAAAUCCGAGACUGGUAUAAGAACCAAGGCCCCACUAGUCCAGACCGUGACUACAGUCCUUAUUACAAGAUAAUUGAUGAACUCCGAGACAAGAUUCUUGCAGCUACUAUUGACAAUUCCAGAGUCAUUUUGGAGAUUGACAAUGCUAGGCUGGCUGCAGAUGAUUUCAGACUGAAAUAUGAGAACGAGUUGUUCCUUCGCCAGAGUGUGGAGGCUGAUAUCAAUGGCCUGCGUAGAGUCUUGGAUGAGCUGACUCUGUCCAGAGCUGAUCUGGAGAUGCAGAUCGAAAACCUGAAGGAAGAGUUGGCUUUCCUCAAGAAGAACCAUGAGGAAGAAAUGAAAGAAUACAGCAAUCAGCUGGGUGGAAAGGUCAGCGUAGAGAUGGAUGCUGCUCCUGGGGUUGAUCUCACCAGUAUCCUGGCUGAGAUGAGAGAGCAAUAUGAAAUACUGGCUGAUAAGAACCGUCGAGAUGCUGAGGCCUGGUUCUAUAAACAGACUGAGGAGCUGAACCGUGAAGUAGCCACCAGUACUGAACAGAUACAUACCAGCAAGAGCGAGAUUACAGAACUGAGACGCACAUUGCAGGGCCUGGAGAUAGAACUCCAAUCCCAGCUGAGCAUGAAAGCUGGGUUGGAAGCCAACUUGGCAGAAACAGAAGGAAGAUACUGUGCACAGCUAGCACAACUUCAGGCCAUGAUCACCAGCAUUGAGGAGCAACUGGCGGAGCUUCGAUGUGACAUGGAACGGCAGAACCAAGAGUACAGGAUGCUCCUGGACAUCAAAACCAGAUUAGAGCAGGAGAUUGCCACUUACCGCCGUCUGUUGGAAGGCCAGGACUCCCAGCUGUCGGGAUGGAGCUCUAAGGAUGCAUCCUUUAGCAGCAGCAGCAGCGGUAAGGUUCGCAUCAGUGUGGAAGAUUCAGUAGAUGGAAAAGUAAUUUCGACCCAGGAAAGGAAAUACUGA